AUGGAUCGCCCAGUCGACAAAAACGAGCAUUUUGGCAUCUUCUGCUUUUUCCGUUUAAUCGAGGUGCCAAAGCGAGAGAAGCACCCCGAGAGAUUUGUGGAGGUUGAAGUGCACGGUGAAGAAGCGACGCCCAUUAAGACGGAUCAAAAUUGGUUUAAGCGAUUCCAGGACCUCAAAUACAUGCCUCGCACAGGACUCCGCGGUCACUUCGAUGAGGAGCGACCGAAUGAGCUUAUCCACGAAGGUCCACGCCAAACCAAGGGCGAUUGGCAAAGAUGA